AUGAACAGCAUCUACUCCCUGGCUGGCCUCCUCCUGGUCCUCGGCUUAGUCCAGAGCAGCUGGCAGGUUCCUCUGAGUGAGGCCGAUGACAGCUCAAGCUUUGAGGCGGACAACACGUUAGCCGAUGAGCUCAGGGAGCUGUCGAACGUGAAGAGACACUCAGAGGGAACUUUCUCAAACGACUACAGCAAAUACCUGGAGGACAGGAAGGCGCAGGACUUUGUUCGGUGGCUGAUGAACAACAAGAGGAGUGGCUCUGUGGAAAAGCGCCACGCCGACGGCACCUUCACCAGCGACGUCAGCUCCUACCUCACCGACCAGGCAAUCAAAGAUUUCGUUGCCAGGCUCAAGUCUGGACAAGUCCGAAGAGAAUCUGAAAUGGACAGGCGGGCUGAGGCGUUCAGCAGGAGGCACGUAGAUGGAAGCUUCACCAGCGACGUGAACAAGGUGCUGGACUCGAUGGCCGCCAAGGAAUAUUUACUCUGGGUCAUGACCUCCAAGCCUUCAGGGGAAAGUAAGAAAAGACAACAGGACCAAUGA